AUGCCUGAGCCUUCAAAAACAGAGGUCCUUCAGGGUGGUUUUGAACUAAGAAUAUAUAGUAUAGAAGAUCAUAUUAAGGUCAUGCUUCUAGAAGGAAGAGCCGAAGUAUUUGGAAAGGAGUUACCACUAGAAGAACCAGUUUUCUUCCAUUAAGGAGAAAAGCUGGCAAUAUUUAGUUGGCAUAGCGCAAAAGUUUAAGUUAGUGGAAAAUGCGAUUGCUAUUAAAGUAGUCUAACACCAAUGUACCAAUAUGUGAAUUGCCAUUCAGCUUUGAACCAGCUCAGACAAAAUGCUUUAAAGAAUUUAUAACUUGGACCUAGUCUAUUGGUAACUGGAUCAAACCAAUCAGGGAAAUCAACACUUUGCAGAAUAUUAAUUAACUACUCUUUGAAGCUUGGUUGGACACCAUUAUUUGUUGAUUUAGAUUUAGCCAAUAAUGAAAUAACCCCUCCUGGUUCUAUCUCGUGUACUAUGGUUGAAGAGCCACUACCAAAUGAUGAAUUGAUUCAGUAAGCAGUAUCAUUCUUCCAAGGCAGUUGCCCUUAAGCUAUAACUUAGGAAUUUUUCGACAGACAAAUUAAAGAAUUAGCCAAUGCAGUUCAUAACAAGUUGAAUAGUGAUUUAAUGCAAUUUAAAGCAGAUCAUCAACUAGAAACUACUGGAAAUGAACUUGACGAGAAAAUCGAAGAUUCUUAGACUGAUUCUUAAAAAUAGAUAAGUGAAUUGAAAGAAUUGUAAAAAUUAGUGAGUCCUCCUUACCCUGAACUUUUUGCUUCAGGCUGUAUAAUAAAUGGCUACACUCCUUAAGAUAAAAGAGAUACUGAAACUUUAAUAGAGGCUAUUAAAGCUUUUAAUGUUGGAACAGUACUAGUAGUUGAUAAUGAGAGAUUGGAAAAUGAGAUUAGAAAUGCUCUUGCUAGAGAUGCUACACGAUAAAACAAACCUUUAUUAACUAACAUCAUUCCUCUUUAGAAAUCUGGAGGUGUUUAGUCUAUGAAGUUUGAAGAUAGAGUUAUUUUUGAGAAGUAUCAGGAGUAUUUUAGAGGUAAAUAUUAUGCCUCAUUUUCAAGACGAGAUUAGAACAGACUUAGUGAACUUGGGCCAGAAGCUUUAAUGUCUAGAAACGAAUAUGAUCCUCAAGAUAUGAAACUUUCACUUGAAGAGUACAAGUUCUUUUAAGUAGAAGGAAAGGAAAUACCAAUUACGGCAUUGCCAGCAGGAGCUACUUCACCAAGAUGGUCAACUUUGCUUGAAGAAGUUAAGGUCCAGUCAGCAGAUUUUGCAAAUCUAAAGCACAGAAUUCUUGCACUGCUUGUACCUCAAGAUGUCUAAAAACUAAGGCAACUUGAAAGAGAAAUGGCACUUUAUCCAUCAAACAACAAUUUGAAAGAAGAGUUUAGAGAUCUCUUAAUGAAAAGUUCUACAGCUGGCCUCAUGUAAAUCACUGAUUAUCACCCAGAAGAGAGAUAGCUAGAAGUAAGAACUAUAACAAAUGAACAAAUGCCAAGUAACUAUUUAUUAAUAAGCAAAUUUAAGUUACCAAGGAUUGUUUGA